AUGAAAGAGGCGUGCGCGGAGAUCUUGGCCAAAGGAUUCCGUUGCCUCUAUGACCGGAGUCUUCUGGGAUGUGAUGGCGCUCCGGUUGGAGCCUACUAUGAUGACUCCUGGGGAGGAGUUGCCAGCCGGGAGGGCUACGGAGAGCUCGGUUGCCGCAAUGCGGACUUCGGAAAUGCAUGCUACAAUGACCACCAUUACCACUUCGCCUACUACGUUGUCUCUGCUGCAAUCCUUGUGAAGCUGAAGCCAGAGUACGCGACCAACGAGCCCUUCGUGUCCUUCGUGGAGACAUUGAUUCGGGACACCGCGAACCCAAGCCGGGAUGACACGUACUUUCCGACCUUCCGCGCUUUCGACUGGUUCGACCUGCACUCGUGGAGCCGUGGUGUCGUCCCAAGCGCCGAUGGCAAAGAUCAGGAGUCCACUUCCGAAGAGCUUAACCUGUUGUAUGGAAUCAAGCUCUGGGGCUCCGUCAUGGGAAAGCCUGUGCUGCGAGACCUCGGGGCGACCAUGCUUGCCCUCUGUGCCUUGACUGUGAGGGAGUUCUUCCUGAUGAAGUCAGACAACAUUCACCACCCAGCGGACUUUGUCACGAAUCAUGUGACCGGCAUCUUCUUUCAGAACAAGGUCGAUUAUGCUACUUGGUUCGGCUGGCGCUAUGAGUACAUCCAUGGCAUUCAAAUGCUUCCGCUGUCUCCAGCUCUGCUCCUUUCGCGAACGACAGAGUUCUGCACCCAGGAGUGGAACAACAUCCUGUCGCGGCUGGCUUUGCCGUCGACCGAUCCCUGGUCGUCGAUCCUGCUCACGGGUACGCUCGCGCUCGUGGAUCCGGCGGAUGCCUACUCGAGGCUCAUGGACAUCGACGACGCCUUCAUGGAUGACGGCCUGACCAAGGUCUGGGCUCUCUACUGGACGGCCACGGCCGCAGCUGGAACGCCUUCCACCGACCCGAGCAUUCCGGAAGUCAACCUGGCCCUGGAGCGGCGCACAGAAGCUUCCAGCGAAGCGCCAACUUUCACCUCCCAGUGGGCCGUGGACGGCUUGUUUGCCACGCGGUGGAGCCCGGCAGAAGAGGAUGUGGCUCCAUGGAUAGCGGUCGAGCUGGAUGGCAUCUACCAGCUGUCCCACAUUGUCGUUGUGUGGCUUCAGUUCUACCCAGCCAGCUAUGAGAUCCAAACCAAGGGGAGCGGGGACACCUGGGUGACCCUGGCAACGGAAGUGGGCCGUGCCGGUGCGGUGAAGACCGACCUGCAAGGCUCUGUCAACUGGCUCCGCUUGCUUUGCCACGGCGGCUCGGAGCUUCGGGUUUUCGAGUUCCAGGUCUACGGUACGCUGGACACGGCGACGACCACCACGGAGCUGGUUGAGACAGGCACUUCCACCACGACAACCACGCCCUUCGACGGCCUGAACCUCGCUCAGGGCAAGCCAGUGCUUGCUUCUUCUUUCCGUUCGCCUACGGAGCAUGCCUACCGCGCAGUUGACGGCAUGCUUGAAACGCACUGGGCCUCCGCCCUUGCACCGGAGCAGUGGAUCUGGGUGGAUCUGCUGGGCGCCUACGACCUCACUUCGGUACUCGUUCUCUGGGGCUCGGACUUCCCGGGCCAAUAUUCCAUCCAGACAGCUCCCAAUGGCAUCGACUGGACGACAGCUGCUGUGGAGACGGGCAUGGCGGGCGCCGUCCGCACCACCUUUCCGGAGCAAGUCACAGGGCAGUGGAUCCGAAUCCUUUGCCACUCCAACACAGGUUGCGGCAGCAUCGACGAGCUGCGCAUCUUCGGGGCGGAUCCCAGCUUCCUCUCCACAACGGUCACAACGACGCAGCCAGGAGCUUCGGCGAGCACGACUCCCAGCACCAGCGAAGGUGCCACGACGAUCACCACGGAAGGUUCCACCACAAGCACCAGUGCAGCGACAACAGGUUCUCGACCGGGAGCUGUGAACCUGGCCCUGAACAAGCCUGCCCUCGCUUCGACGGGACUGUUCCAGACACGGGCUGUGGAUGGCUCGCUGACAACCCAGUGGUCAUCGCUGCCCGGAGACCAGACACCGUGGCUUUGGGUGGACCUUCGUGGACGCCAUGAUGUCUCUGAAGUGGUGAUCUCGUGGGCAUCAGAGUUUCCUGCGGAGUUCCGCCUGGAGGCUGGAUACAGCGCGGCUCAUUGGACCCCUGUGAUCACGGCAGCAGGGCAGGCCAACAGCGAGGUGCGGGUGGUCUUCAACCCGGUGAACUUGCAGUUCCUGCGUGUGCUUUGUAUGGACCUGGGUUCUUCGAGCGGCUGCAGCAUUCGGGAGCUCGAGGUGUUUAACUCCGGCCCACCGGAGACCACUUCCACCUCCAGUACCACGCAGAGCACGAGUGCCGCAACUACUGGAUCCAGCUCCGUCACGGUGGAAGCCACAACCACCGGCACUACCACGACUCCCAAUUCCACGGAUUCUGGUUCUGAGAACACUUCUACAUCGACGAUGACCGUCACCACCACUCUUGCUCCGAACGUUGCUGAGAGGAAGCCCAUCCGUGCCUCGUCUCAGCGGUCGCCCACGGAGUACGCCGCGCGUGCGAACGAUGGCGACGAGAGCACGCGCUGGGCCUCUGGGGGAGGCCCAACGGAUCCUCGGCCUCAGCCUUGUGCUACAGGGAAGAGCUAG